CGAGCAAAGUCAGAUGUUUCCAGUCGGCGUGUUUUUGUAAACGUACCAGUAUCGCCCUACAACCAAAUAAAAGGAAAAAAAAAUCAGAUCAUGGAGUUUGCAGAGCUGAUAAAGACACCCAGAGUGGACGGGGUUGUCCUACACAGGCCUUUCAUGCCCACUGUGGAGGGAACUCUGUGUUUGACUGGUCAUCACUUGAUUCUCUCCUCCAGACAAGACAACACGGAGGAGCUGUGGCUGCUUCAUUCAAACAUUGACUCGAUAGAGAAGAGAUUUGUGGGGUCUUUGGGAAGCAUUAUAGUCAAAUGCAAAGACUUGAGAGUGAUUCAACUUGACAUCACUGGUAUGGAGGAGUGCCUCAACAUUGCCAGCUCUAUUGAGGCUCUGUCCACACUUGAUUCAGUCUCCCUGAUGUACCCUUUCUUUUACCGGCCUAUGUUUGAAGUCAUAGAGGAUGGAUGGAAUUCAUUUCUUCCGCAGAAUGCCUUUAAAGAUUUGGAGUCCAUGACAGAUGAGUGGAGGCUGAGUGAGGUCAACAAAGACUUCAGCGUGUGUCCUUCAUACCCCCCUCUAGUGGCAGUACCUAAAGAUGUUGAUGAUGAAACUCUGAGGAAAGUUGCUACUUUCCGUCACGGUGGCCGUUUUCCAGUACUUAGCUACUAUCACAAGAAGAAUGGCAUGGUGAUGAUGCGAGCAGGACAGCCGCUGACAGGCACCAAUGGGCGACGAUGUAAGGAAGACGAGAAGCUGAUCAAUGCCACUCUGCGGCCAGGAAAACGUGGUUAUAUCAUUGACACACGCAUCAUCAAUGUUGCGCAGCAGGCCAAAGCUCGAGGUGGAGGGUUUGAGUUGGAGGCCAACUACCCACAGUGGAGGAGGAUUCACAAGACCAUUGAAAGAUAUAACGUCCUUCAGGAGAGCCUAAUUAAGCUGGUGGAGGCAUGUAGUGACCAGUCCCACAGCAUGGACCGCUGGUUAAGCAAACUGGAGGCUUCUAGCUGGCAGGCUCAUGUCAAAGAGAUCCUCACCACUGCCUGCUUGGCUGCACAGUGUAUUGACAGAGAGGGAGCAUCAGUGCUUGUUCACGGUACAGAGGGAACAGACUCCACCCUGCAGGUCACCUCCUUGGCUCAGAUCAUCCUAGAUCCCGGCUGCAGGACCAUUAAAGGCUUUCAAAGCCUGGUGGAGCGGGAGUGGCUCCAGGCCGGUCACCCUUUCCAGCAGCGCUGUGCCCAGUCUGCCUUCUCCAACAACAAGCCUCGCCAAGAGGCCCCUGUCUUUCUUCUCUUCUUGGAUUGUGUGUGGCAGAUCCUUCGCCAGUUUCCCUGUUCCUUUGAGUUCAAUGAGUGUUUCUUGGUGCUGCUCUUCGAACACGCCUAUGCCUCUCAGUUUGGGACAUUCUUAGGCAACAGUGCAGCUGAGAGAGCCAGACUGUGUCUGUCUGAAAAGACUGUAUCCCUUUGGUCAUGGGUGAAUCGACCCCAGGAGCUGGAGCGUCUGACCAACCCACUUUACGAGCCCAACAGUCUCGUUAUCUGGCCAUCUGUGGCCCCUCAGAGUCUGCUGCUCUGGGAAGGAGUGUUCCUUCGCUGGAACCGCUCCUCUAAGUGUCUGGAUGAGGCCUACGAGGAAAUGGUUCAUAUAAUAGAGUACAACAAGGAGCUUCAGACCAAAGUAAACAGCCUGCGCAGGCAGUUGGCCCAGCUUGAAACUGAAGAUCCUCUGUUGCAUACACCAUAGAGAGAGAGAGAGAGUGAGUUUACAGAGUGGACGCGACUUAAUCAACCUAAAACUUUUUGCUUUAAUGAAAAACAUACAUUUAAACAUGGUGACUAAUUCGAAACUAUGCUUGAGUAAGAGGAAAACAUUUAGAAAACAAAAGCACCAUCACUAGUCAUUCCUCAGAGUGCAGAUAAAAGCCGAACCUCCCUUGUCUCACUGUGGUCUAAUAUCAGUGUACAUCCAGACCUCCACAUGCCUGCUGCUCAUUUCUAUAGAUUAUGCUCUGACUGUGCAGCUGAUUUCACUGUUGCUCAGCCUCUUCAAACACCCACACUCAUACUUACUGACCUUCAUUUACAUAUACGUCGUCACUUUAUAUGUAAAAACUGCAUAUUGGACGCUCGUGUAUUUCUCAGCAUUGAUUUUGUGUAGUGCAGGAUUAAAGGGGCAUUUUAAGGACAGCUGGAAAGAGAGGGUGUCGAUUACUGUGGAGUUCACAUAUUCAACAAACGUCCUGCUGAAUGCAUAGACCAUUAGUGUGCUGCAGAGUAACUAUGGCAACACAUAGGUUGCUGUAAGGCAGCAUAUGAAUUGAGAUGACAUACUAAGCGUAGGGUCAGGCCAUACUGUACUUGACAGUGAGCAGGGAGGUUUGUAUAAUAUGUAUCUGACCAAAGUAGCAGAUCAAUAUUUGACAUGGGUAUAACAGCCAGAAUUUACACAAAGGAUUUAUUUGACAUAACCUCAUCGAACAUUCUUGCAUUACUUGAACUUCCUGCGGUGUCAACAUAUUUUUACUGAGAGUCUAAUUAUGUGCGAGACUCGACACACAGACAUUUGUCUGAUUAAAAGUUGAGAUACUGUAACGUGUGCAAGUUCAGGUAGAUUGUUGAGCACGUCUGACUUCUAGAGUUAAUUGUUCAGAACUGAUGCACUUUGUGUCAAAAGCAUUUCGUUGUGAGUGUGUAUGUGAGUGUGAAAAUCAGUUUUACCCCAACUUUGAAAACAAACUCUCACAGUUAUUGCCAUUAUAGACAUCAAACAGGACAAAAAUGGCAGUAUAUCCAGCUAAUGUACACAGACCUGUUACACUUCAGGCUCGUCUCUGUACUUGAAAAUUUACUUAAUUGUCAGCUUGUAUCUAAAGGGAUACUUAUCUCACCAACAUAGCAAUUAUCAUAAAGUUCAAUGGUCUGUAAAGCUGCAUUAAAAACAUUGCCUGUGUCAUUAUGGUGAGGUGAAACUUGUCUAAACUCCCAGCUGUCUUUGCUUAGAGGCAUUAGUCCUCAUCUUUCAGUGCUUUCUUUGGUAGUAACAUUAGGAAAGCUCUAUGCAGCGUGUUAGUAUAUAUAUAUAU